AUGGAUCGAAAGUCUGAUAUUGAAGACCAGGUGAAGCAUGAUGUUGAGCACAUCGACCACCUCACGCCGCAGGACUUUACUCGGAAUGCAAACGCCAAAAUUCGCAACCCUCUUGCGGGCAUCUCUCGAGCCGAUCUGCGAACUCAAGUCAUUGCCUUCUGUCAAGACUAUGACUUCCAGGACAAGAUAGACGUGUUCUACCGUGGGGCACUUGCAGCUCAAACCCCAACAAACUACGAAAGCAUUGAAGAGCUAACUGACGAUGAUAAACGCGUAUUGGAACGGGAGGUAACCCAUAAGUGGCAUCUUCCCCGUAGUCUCUACUACGGCAUUGCUCUCUGUUCUCUUGGCUCUGCCGUACAAGGCUGGGAUAACACUGGAGCGAAUGGCGCAAACCUAUCGUUCCCGCAAGAAUUUGGCAUUGAGCAUAAAACCACUCUUAUAGGUGUCAUCAACUCUGGUCCUACCCUCUUUGGUCUUCUCAGCGCUUGGGCAGCAGACCCUAUCAACAACCGCAUUGGCCGACGAGGCGCCAUCUUCUUGACCGGCCUUUUCUGUAUCUUUCCGGUACUGGCACAAGCUUUCACCCAAAACUGGUGGGGGCUGUUGAUCUGCCGUCUCUUCAUGGGUUUGGGAAUGGGCAUCAAAAUCUCGACCAUUCCCGUUUACUCAGCUGAAAUUGCCCCUGCAUCUAUCAGAGGUGGCAUCGUCACGAGCUUCCAGCUAUGGGUUGCUUUCGGCAUUUUUGUAGGUUUCUGUUCGAACCUCAUCUGGUAUCGUAUCGGAGACCUUGCUUGGCGGUUCCAGCUUGCAGCUGCGUUUGUCCCAGCUAUUCCGGUAGUCAUCUUUGUCUGGUUCUGCCCUGAGUCCCCUCGCUGGCUUAUCAAGAAGGGAAGAUACCAAGACUCUUUCAAAGUCUUCUGCCGUAUUCGCAACACAGAAAUGCUAGCUGCCCGAGAUUUGUACUACGCUCAUCGUCAGAUCCUCGAAGAAAAGGACGCCUUCGGCGGAAAGACCCUCGCGCGUCGAAUGUGGGAACUCGUCAGCGUCCCUCGCCUCCGCCGAGCGACAGUUGCUUCAUCCUGGAUCGUUAUCUCACAGCAAUUUUCCGGAAUCAACAUCAUGGCAUUUUACUCUUCCACCAUCUUUGCCGCUGCAAACUACUCCACCAGGGACUGUCUUCUUGCUUCCAUGGGGUUCGGCCUGGUCAUGUUUAUCUUUGCCUUUCCUGCUGUUUACAUGGUUGACACUUUUGGCCGGCGAAAUCUGCUGCUAGUUACUUUCCCCAACAUGGCAUGGUGUUUGUUGGCAGCAGGAUUCAGCUUUCUUAUUGAUAAGAACUCGAGUGCUAGAGUACCGCUUAUCGCCUUCUUCAUAUACCUCUUCACAGCUAUGUAUGGACCUGGCAUCGGACCACUGCCUUCUAUCUAUUUCUCCGAAGCAUUUCCACUGUCGCAUCGAGAGAUUGGCUCCGCCUUCACCAUCUGCGUCAAUAACGCGGUUGGCAGUGCUUUGACGUUGACGUUCCCUUCUCUUCUGGAUCGUCUUGGGCCAACUGGGGCAUUCAGCUUCUACGCAGGCCUCAAUGUUGUAGCGUUUGUAGUGAUAUUCUUGAUCAUUCCAGAGACCAAGCAACGUACUCUCGAAGAAUUGGACUACAUCUUUGGAGUUCCAACAAGACGCCAUGUCGCGUAUCAGCUUCGGCAUUGGUUGCCUUGGUUUGUCAACAGGCAUAUCUUUCUUCAGAAGUCAGCUACGCUUGAGCCAUUGUAUCAGCUGGAUUAG